AUGAGCACCCCAGAGGCCGAACUGCGCCAGCAGUGGGGCAACCCGCGAGACAUCCUCAGCCUGCUCCUCCUCCUCGGCGGCGACAUCGUGCAAAAGGCCAUCGCGCAGCUGGUAGGGCAUCAAGUACGGCCCUUUGGGCAGCGCGGCCCCGCGAUCUCUGUCGCGCCCGUGGCCUUCUCGUUCGGUUGGGUGGCGUACGGCUUCUCGAGCCUGCUGGCGGCCUUUGGCGACAUGGCUCUCAUGCCGGCGUGCGACCACCCGUGCGUCCUGGUGAACUGCUCCACGGGUUUUUCGCGGGAGAACCGGUCGUGGGCGCUGGGGAGGCUGCUUCGGGACCAUGAGAUCCGGCAUGAGGUUGACCCGCGUUCGGUGGAGGAGGGCGGGAGGGCCGAGUCUCUUCGGGUCGAUAUUUUUGAGCUGUUGCCUGUGGCGCCACCGGCUCGGGAUCUGGUCUGGUGGCUGGGGUGGGCAACUUUGUUUGUCCAGAUCGCGAUUGCGACCGUGCCUUGGGCUUUGUACGGCGACUGGUCGAUUGCAUUGGUUACCUUCUGUGGGAGCUUCCUUGCACUUGUCACAUGCGCCAUACCGCAAUGGGUCCAGGAGAAAUGGACUGCUAGACGAGUUGAGCAGCACAAGGUCACCUGUUUGACUCGGGGGAACGGCAGCCAACAUGUCAUGGUGUUCAUUGCAGCUCCAGGCGCAUGGGAUUUCGAAAGCCUUGCAGCUGGAUCGCUCUUCCCGCAGCCGGGAACUAGAGCGAUGGCGCUCGGAUUGAGCAUAUUGUGGACUUGUCUCCUUAUAAGCGUGUCGGGCAUCCAGUAUCACAUGUGGUAUCUCGUGUGUAUCGGCGGCAUAGGAAUGCUGCAAAAUCUCUUUGCGGCUGGGGCGCCAAGGUCACCUCGAGCUAGCAGGUUCCAUCUGCGCAGGUCCACUCGUGCCCCGGCGAUCAUUGGGAUGCGUCAGUCGUAUCAGGACCAGGCAGAUGACGAGGUCGACUUGAAGGUCACCGAGGACGGGCUCGCCGAGCUUGCUCUUUGGGUGUCCGAUAAUUCACAACCUUGGAAGCCGAGUGAGACGGGCGAAUUCAAGAAGCGGUCCCGGCCUAUGCCGAAAUGGAUUGAUUCUAUGUCGAAAAAAGACGGAGUACCGCACUGGCUGGAGCCCGUACAUCCUCACGUGGUCGCAGGCGAUGCAAAUAUACAUCCAUCUGCCAUUUCUGUGUUAUUAUUCCGGAGUUGUAAAAGGGGGCAUGAAAAUGAUUCUGCACGGAAGAGAGAAGUGCAUGUUCCAGGUGUGCAUGGGGCGUUGAUAGAGCUUGAGAAGUGGGUGCCGACGGCUGGGCUCGCCAUGUUGGAGAUAUUCUUCCCUCGCGGGCUAGCAUAUAAUGACAAAGCUGUCCGGGACAGUGUGCACAGACGCUUCUGGAGGCAGGCACAUCACACCAAGGUUCUUAGACGGAAGACGGAGGUACGAAGAAGGCAGCAGUACCGAGCUGCCGCAGUAAUAUAG